UCAAGUCGUGACGCUUCAGCGGCCAGGCAAGAGCAAGAAGUGGCAUCCCAGGCUUAACGUCAGAAAAGAUAGAAGUUCCCACAUGUUAAGCGGGGUGCCUUGGUCACACUUUGUGCAAGACAACCAUGUGCAGGAAGGUGACAUCUGCAUCUUUCAGCCAUUGAAGACUGCUGGCGUAUGGUUCACUCUGAUGGUUCAUCUGAUUCAUCAGUCAAAGGUUGGUACAUUAUUACAUGAUGAAAAAAAUGGAAACAGUCCUAGUCCAGCAGGGGGAACAAGCUCCAAUAGAGGCAGAACAAUGAGGUCAAAGGCAAAUGAUCUUAAGAUUGUGCACCCAAAUGAUGGCAAAGCAGAGGCGGAGGUGACGCCGAUAGCGCGUGUUAAGGAGGAACCAGCCCAUCAGGGACCUUCUAAUUCCAAAGGUCAUUGGACUGAUGAUGAGUCUGGCGAUUCCGGUGGACCUUCUGAAGCAGGUCUUUACAUUCUGUCAGCUCAUGCUCAUUUGACUGAUGAGCAGAGGAACAAAGUUGAAGAUAUAGUUGGCAGCAUUCAGUCUCAAGUUCCCAUUUACGUGGCAGUGAUGAACAAGAGUAGUGUCGCUGUCACCAGCACCUGCAUCUUAUACUUCGGCAAGGAAUACAGCAGCAAGUACCUUCCACACGGGGAGCACACCGUGACGCUCGUGAGGAACGGGAAGAGCGUGUCAUGGAAGGUGACGAUGCAUGCACAAAAGCUCAUUCAAGGCUGGCGUGGCUUUGCCCGCGACAACCGCCUCAAACUCGACGAUAUCUGCCUCUUCCAGCUGACCAAGGACGACAUCAAGAUGCUUACAAUGACGGUCUACAUCAUUCGCCAUGUCUAACAUUGUUAGAUUCUACCAGCUGGUUCGAUCGUGGCAUUAGGAUAAAUAAUAGAAUGCUGUUUUUUUUUUCAGAACUUCAUGCUGCAAUGCUUCGUGUUGCCUUUGCUGUGAAAUUAGAAAAGGACGAACCUUAAUUUGUUGAUGCACUGAACAUCCUUUGUGACAAUAUUGUUAUAUAUUUGGAUCUGUA